GCGGGGACAAGCGGCGCUUUGGAGACCAGGGGGACCUUGGGGACAAGGACCCCUCGGGGGGGACGUGGCCCCUCAGAGCAGGGUGGCCCUGGGAUGUGGAGUCUUGGGGUCCUCAUCCUUCUCCUGGGUGUGGGUGCCCUGCGGGUGAGCCAGGAUCCAGGGGAGGCACGGGUGACGGCAGGUGACAAGGUGGCCCUGGUGUGCCAGGUGCUGGUGGCCGAGCCCUGGGACCUGCUGAGGCUGGAGUGGGUGAAGGACCCAGGGCACAGGGUGCUGUGUGACACCCGCCUGCACCCCACCGCCCUCCCCUCCCCCAGCCCUUGCACCCCCCGCCUCCACCUGGCCUGGGACCCUCCCUGGGCCAACCUCAGCCUCCGCCAGGCGCGGGGGGACGAUGCCGGGUGGUACCUCUGUCGGGUCACCAUCGAGAUCCCCUGCCACAGCACGGCCACCGGCAAUGGCACCCUGCUCAGCGUCAGCACAGCAGAUGGAGGACAUCAGUGGUGCCGAGGGGGUGGCCCCAGCUGGGUGCCCCCCUCGGCGCACCCCCCCAAGAAGCUGCUGCCACCCCCCACGGUGAUGGAGAACAGCACGUACGAGGAGGGGCUGCAGCGGGCACGGGACCCCCCCGCUGCCCCCCGACCCUGA